AUGAGUGAUAAGCUAGAUUUGUCCACAGUUGAGAUGCUUGACAGGCCAAACCUGAGGAAAACUAGUAUUGAAGUAAAAAUAUACUCUCCCUUGAAGGAAGCGAUCCAGAAAGGGAAAGAAUGUGUUCAAACAUCAUAA